GGAUAUGUUCUAUACAAACCACUAAAAGUAAAAUGAAGAAGAUAAUGAGAAAUAACAUAACCCAAAACUCUAGUAAAUAUUGUUUUCUUUAUUAAUCGAGUAUUUUAAUUUAAAAAUAUUUACCAACCAAAACGGAUGGUUGUCGAAUAAUUAUGAUUUUAUCUGAUUCUCUAUUAUUUUGUGUAUCCAUACUGGAUACGGGGGCACUUUUAUUUUUACUGAUAUAUUUUGUAAUAACCUUAUCCGACUUAGAAUGUGAUUAUUUAAAUGCUCAAGAAUGUUGUUCAAGAUUGAAUGCCUGGGUAAUGCCAAAAUUCAUAGCUCAUGUAUUUUUGAGUGUGCUUCUUUUAUUACACAAUCAUUGGAUCCUAGCUUGUUUGAAUUUACCAAUGACAUUUUGGUUACUUUAUGAAGUAUAUACUGUACCAAGUGGUAAUUUGGGUGUUUAUGAUGCUAUUGAAAUACACAACAGAGGUCAAAUAAAACGUCACAUGAGAGAUUGUAUGAUAUAUCUUGGUUACUAUUUAAUAUUUUUCUUCCUAUAUUUAUAUUGUUUAAUCACAUCUUUACUCAAAGGGGACCCAAUAAAUAGAAAAGAUGAAGGUGAAAUAAUACAUGAAUUUUAAUUAAAUUUUACUUGAUAUGUGUGAACUGAUUUCUUGAUAAGUUGAUUAUACUAUUCAUUUUUAAAUAAACUUGAUGUAAUGGUGUUUCAAUGUAUAAGUUUAUUGUGUAUUUUUAAAUUAAAUAUGAAUAGCUUACAAUAAGACUAAGUGGAAGCUAUUGGAAUGUUCUGAUAUUAUUCAUGUAGGAAUAUAUGUUAGAAAUGUAUUAUUUAUUGUAUGUGUUAUGUUUUAUUAAAACAAAUAUUUUAAA